UGCUGUGGCAUUGUCACAUGAUAAUAGCGUUGCACAAGCUUAUUCAUUACCACAAGUGAAAAAAGAUGAACCUAUAGGUCAACUGAACAAUAUGAGCCUGUGGAACCAUUAUAUAUUCAUAAGUUCGGAUUUUCAUCACUUAUAGCGGGUCACAAGCAGUUGAUCAACAGUAAAUAUGACAAGUGGUUUCCAGAAGUUUCGCCUCCUUCUGUGGAAGAACUAUGUUUUGCAGAAGAGGAAACCAGUUGUAACAUUCUUUGAGAUCUUUCUCCCAGCCAUCUUUGCUGUUAUUCUUGUGCUGGUUCGAAUGAGGGUAGAAUCUUUUAAUAUAGAUCAUCCAACAACAUGGGAUUCAUUCAAAGUGAACAGUUUGGACCCUGUCACUUUCAGUUUCUUCAAAAGUUCACCUCCCAAAGUUGCUUACACACCAGUAAACAAUAUUACUACAGAGAUUGUUACCAGGGCUUAUCAGUAUCUAGGACAAAGUGAAAGCUCAAUUGAGGGCUUUGCCAGUGAAGAGGCUCUGGUAGAGCAUGUCAUGUUCAACAAUAUCACCACAGAUCUCACAAGUCAAUUCAUGGCUGGGAUAGUAUUUACAUCUCCAUUCACUAAUGAGAAAACAGUUCCAUUCAAUAUCUCCUACACUUUGAGGUUCAGUUUCUCUCCCCGAACUGCUUCUCCAAUCAAAGUGAAUGGUUUUGUCACAGAAAAAUGGAAAACAGAGUCUGAGUUUUCAAUUUUCCAAAAGAUAGGACCCAGGGAGGCUAACAGUUCAGAUGGAGGAAAACCAGGUUAUUACCAGCAGGGAUUUCUACCACUCCAGCAUGCCAUAGAUGUUGCUAUAGUCCAGCUGCUGAACUCCUCCUUUGUGCCAGAAGACAAAAUUAAACUGUCUCUGAGACGCUUUCCCUAUCCACCAUACUUACAAGACAACUUUGUUCUGAUAAUCCAGCAACAGCUCCCAUUGAUACUCAUGAUGAGCUUUGUCUUUGCUGCCCUGCAAAUUGUCAAAGACAUUGUCCAUGAAAAAGAGAGGAGGUUAAAAGAAUCAAUGAAAAUGAUGGGCAUGGGUAACUGGUUACACUGGGCAGCCUGGUUUGUCAAGUACUUCCUCUUCCUCCUCAUUGAUGUGGCCAUCAUGACAGUACUGUUCUGUAUCAAAGUGGGAGAAAAUAGCACAGCUGUGGUGGGGAAGAGCGACCCAUCUGUUAUACUUGUGUUUUUGGUUGUGUAUUCCAUAUCUAGCAUUGCCUUUUGCUUCUUGGUCAGUGUGCUUUUCAAAAAAGCAAACUCUGCUGCAGCUGCAGGAGGAAUUCUAUUUUUCCUCACUUAUGUACCAUACAGUUUCAUUCAACCUCGGUAUGGCACUAUGAAUCUGACAGAGAAAGUGGCAUCCUGUCUCAUUUUCAACGUUGGCAUGUCAUUUGGGGGGCAGUUAAUAGGAAUGUUUGAAGGUGCUGGUGCUGGUGUCCAGUGGUAUAACAUAGCCCAGGGUGUGUCUGUGGAUGAUAACUUCACCAUGCUACAUAUCCUGGUAGUUCUUCUGGUUGACUCUGUCCUCUACAUGCUGCUGGCUUUUUACAUCGAAGCUGUCUUCCCUGGAGAGUUUGGUCUACCACAGCCAUGGUAUUUUCCUGUCACUAGAUCCUUCUGGUGUGGUACCAAGCAGAAGAAGGUCUAUGUUAUGGAGGAUGAGGAAUGUGCGCCACUAAUGAAACAUGCCACAGGAGCUCAGAACCACUCCGAAUAUUUUGAGAAAGAUCCUUCAGGAUUGCAUGCUGGGAUAAGAAUAAUGAACUUGAGAAAGGAAUUUCACAAAAAAGUUGCCGUGGCUGGCACCUCAUUGAAUAUGUAUGAAGGUCAGAUCACAGCUCUGCUGGGGCAUAAUGGCGCUGGGAAGACAACUACAAUGUCCAUGCUCACAGGUUUCCUGCCCCCAACCAGUGGUACAGCAGUGUUGAAUGGCUAUGAUAUACUAGAGGACAUAGGCAGUGUACGCAGCAGCCUGGGCCUCUGUCCUCAACAUGAUGUUCUGUUUGAUACUCUAACAGUAGAGGAACACUUGGAGUUCUUUGCCAAGCUCAAAGGUUUCCCAGUCAGCCAAAUGAAUGAGGAAAUCACUAGGAUACUGGACACACUUGGCCUUUCUCCCAAGAGACACGCCCAGUCUAAAACACUGUCUGGGGGGAUGAAAAGGAAGCUCUCUGUGGGAAUUGCUUUGAUAGGAGGAUCUAAAGUGCUUAUUUUGGAUGAGCCUACCUCUGGAAUGGAUCCCGAUGCCAGACGUCACACCUGGGAGAUCCUGCAGCAGCAGCGAGAGGGACGCACCAUCCUUCUCACUACCCAUUUCAUGGACGAGGCAGAUGUCCUGGGAGAUCGCAUAGCUAUCAUGGCAGAUGGUGUGGUACAGUGCUGUGGGUCAUCUUUAUUUCUGAAGAAUAAGUAUGGUGCUGGUUACCACAUGGUCAUAGUUAAAGAACCCAACUGCGUGGUCUCCAAAAUUACGGACAUCAUAAAGAAAUAUGUUCCUGGUGCAGCAAUCGAGAGCAAUGUUAGUGCCGAGUUGUCCUAUAUCUUACCCCAUGACAGCUGUGACCAGUUUGAGGGGUUGUUUUCAGACCUGGAGCUCAUGAGGGAAGAUCUGGGAAUUGCCAGCUUUGGAGCAUCUGUCACUACCAUGGAGGAAGUGUUUCUUAAAGUUGGAGAAUUUUCCCACAAUGGGCGUGAUUCAUCUGGAGAGUAUGAGUCUACAUCGUAUAGUGUUCCAAUGAAUUCAGCAGUGAAUGGUCACAUCCCAAGCAUUGAACCUGAGGACAGCGGUAAGUCAGCUUUUGUUGAAGAUACCAAAUGUAACAGGGGUUUUGCCUUAUACACACAGCAGUUUUAUGCCAUGUUUGUCAAGCACAUUCUCCACACCUGGAGGAAUGUGGUUCUUACAACAUCUCAACUCCUAGUGCCAUUGUUCUUCACAAUACUCGUCUUAAUCAUUCUGAAGACUCUUCCCACGCCAGAUGACUCUCCUCCACUUGCCAUGGUUUUGGACAACUUCCGCCAGCCAGUAGUGCCCUAUUCUCCAGGGUAUCAGCCAUCUGCAUUUGCCAGCCAUUUUGGACAUGUGUUUGAAAUGCAGUAUAAAGGAACCAAUGUGGAAGCUGUGAAUAUCAAUGAAAAAGAGGGUAACAUCACCAUGAUUAACUACUUGGUGGAAAAGGCUACAAAUGAUCUAGCAGAAUUUGAUAAUAGAUACCUUGUUGCAUCUGAGUUUCAUGAAGUCAGUGGGGCAUAUUUGAAUGCGACUGCUCUGUUUAACAACCAAGGCUAUCAUACCCCUGCCAUCACGCUGUCAGCAUUUGACAAUGCUGUGUUGAAGUACUAUGCCAACAGCAGUUACAAUAUCCGUACCACCAACCAUCCGUUACCACCCACCAGCAAUGACAAAGUCAACAACCAACUGUUGUCACUAGCGUGGGCUUUCUCCAUAGCAUUUAAUGUGCUGUUUGGAAUGUCAUUUCUGGCCAGCAGCUUUGUCCUCUUCAUCAUCAAGGAACGGGCAAUCAAGUCCAAGCAUGUCCAGUUUGUCAGUGGAGUCCACGCCAUAAACUUUUGGGUCUCUACCUUUGUAUGGGAUGUGAUCAAUUUUCUCAUACCAAGUGUCCUCAUCAUUAUCACAUUUGCAGCUUUUGAUAUUCCUGCCUUUAUCAAUGACGGAAGAUUUAUGCUGACUUUAUUCCUGUUCUUUCUCUAUGCCUGGGCAAUGCUGCCACAGAUGUAUGUUUUAUCUUUCAUAUUCACAGUGCCGUCAUCUGGAUUGGUGUGGUUAACCAUGCUCAAUUUCUUGUCAGGCAUUGCUACCAUGCUCGCUGUGGACAUACUCUCCAUUCCAGAACUAGACUUAGUAGACUUGUCCAAAGUUUUGAACUGGAUAUUCCUGGUUAUAUUUCCAAACUUUUGCUUGGGCACUGGGCUCCAGACCAUGUAUGCACUGUAUGCUUCAAAUGCUCUGUAUGAUGAUGUUUGCAGGAAAAAUGCUGAAAUCUUUGACUUUGUAUGUCAUAUAAAACAGUAUGAAACAACUAUGUGUUGUCCUAAGUGCACUGUAAAUUGCCUUAGUUAUGAAAGUAACUACCUUGUUUGGGAUGAAAUAGGAAUCGGCAGGGAAGUGCUAUUCCUAGCAUUGCAGGGACUGUUGUUCUUCAGCCUCCUCUUUUUGAUGGAAUCGGAGUACUUAAAAAAGCUCUGGUAUCGUAUGCGCGAGAAGCAGGUGGUUUCUAGGAAUCGUACUUUCUCUGGAAUCAGUAUGGACGGCCGCAUACAAGAGGAUACAGAUGUUAAAGCUGAAAGAGAAAGGAUUUUGAAGCAGCCUCCAAUGUAUCACAGUGAUGCUCUGGUUCUUAGGGAACUUACAAAAUAUUAUGGGAGUCACCUAGCUGUAAAUAAUGUAACUGUAGGGAUACCACAGGGAGAGUGUUUUGGCUUGCUAGGUGUUAAUGGUGCUGGAAAAACCACAACUUUUAAGAUGUUGACUGGUGAUGAAAUUGUGUCAAGUGGAAAUGCAUACCUUCAGAAUGUUGAUAUAAGAAGUAACAUUAAAACUGUUCAGCAACGUCUUGGCUACUGUCCCCAGUUUGACGCCUUGCUGGAUCAGAUGACAGGAAGAGAGACACUGUUCAUGUUUGCCAGGUUGCGUGGUGUAGUAGAAGCACAGAUCCCCAGUGUGGUCCAGAAUUUGAUGUCGACAUUACUGCUGGAGGAGCAUGCUGACAAGCUGGUGAAGGAUUACAGUGGAGGAAACAAAAGAAAACUGAGUACAGCCGUAGCUUUGGUUGGUAACCCUCCAGUGAUCUUCCUGGAUGAGCCAUCAUCAGGCAUGGACCCUGUUGCUAGGAGACAUUUGUGGAAUACACUGGCCAAGGUCAGAGCCAGUGGUAGGACUUUGGUACUGACAUCACACAGUAUGGAGGAAUGUGAAGCUCUGUGUACAAGAAUUGCUAUCAUGGUCAAUGGACAGUACAAAUGUCUGGGCAGCACACAGCACCUGAAGAACAAAUUUGGUGAAGGCUACACUCUUAUAGCAAGAAUAGGGCCUCCAUCCAGAGGUGAGGACACUGUUCUCCAGCCAGUCAUGGAAUUUAUUGAGAAGUCCUUUCCUGGAAGUGUCCUGAAGGAUGAGCACCAGGGAUUAGUGCAUUAUCAUAUUACUGACACUACCCUUUCAUGGGCCAAAAUAUUUGGCACAAUGGAGCGUGCCAAGGCAGAAUUUCAUAUUGAGGACUAUUCUGUCAGUCAGACGACUUUGGAGCAAGUCUUUAUCAACUUUGCUCGGUCUCAAGUCGCCCCGGAGGAGGUUGAGAUGGGUACAUGUGCCACAUGUGGAUUAUGUUGCAAAAUGAUUUUUGGUUGUUAUCUGUGCCGAUGUGAGAAUGUGCAGUGAGUUUGAUUGUGUGAUGUACUUAAGUUAAACAGAAUUGUGAUAUAUAUAAAGAUUUCAAGUGAACUUGCAUUUGAAGUACAUGCAUAUAAUUGCCAAAAGAAUAAUGGGGAUCAUUUCCAGUUUAACUACCACAUACUGGUAUUUGCUCACAAUUCUCGUAAAUAAUACAUGUACUUCACACAUUAUUGAAAUUAUGGAAAUUAUCAAUGAUUUUGUUUGAAUGAUAUCCUUGUUAUGUUAAUUCAAUUGUUAAGUUUAUUGACAUUUGGUAUUGGAUAGCGAUUGAGAUUAAUUCAGGUUGAUGCAAUUUUGUCAGUUAAAAAGGAUGUUCAGUUAUUGUUUGAAACAAUUUACUGGAAGUUGUUACUUAUAAAGUGAUGUUUUGAUUAAAUAUGGUUUGUAUGAUGCAAGGUACAUGUAUAUUAUUCUCAUAUCAGAAUAGCACCCAAUAUAUAUUUAUAUUUACUGGUAACACUUUGCAGUAGAAAUCAGUUUCUACAUCAUCAUCAUUACCAAAGAAACGGUAAAACUUAUGAAUCAUGUGAUGUGAUAGUAUUUCAUUGUGCAAUUUUGUAAUUUGUUCUCAUCUAAUGUUUUUGUUGAAGCAUUGCCUCUUUUUCUUCAAAAUGUCAGCCUCUCAGCAAAAAAAGCAUAUGUACUAUAAUUCAGGUUCUACCCUUUACAUGCCUUUAUAACAGAUUGAAUUUCAUUACCUCUGUGGCUUUAUGAUUAUGAGAAAGGAGUAGAAAAAUGAAUUUGACUGUGAUAAAAGCGGUGAACAAACAUUGGAAUAGAAGUUGGAAAAACAUUUAUUUUAACUAAAAAUGUGAGGGUGUUUUUAAUUUUUUAGUGUUAUAUAAGAAAACAUGCAGUAACAUGAUUUUAAUUUAUUGACAGAAUUGUUUGAUAUUAUGAUACAGAGCUGCUUCUUAAGGACUCAAAAUAUUUUCAGCAAAUAAAGAAUAUCAAAUUUUA